AUGGCUCAGCAGAGAGGGCCUUCGUACGGCAUGGGCGUCGGCCAGCCGUCUUUCGGUGGUCCCAGCAGCCAGGACUCGAGUGAUUCGAGCCCUCUGGACGUGAUCCGUCAACAGACCAGCAAGAUCGAGGACCUUCUUGACAGCGUCAGCGAGCCGAUCAGGCCAUACCUGCCCGCAAUUGGCCGAUUCCUGAUCGUCGUCACCUUCCUCGAAGAUGCUCUGCGCAUCGUCACCCAGUGGAGCGAUCAGCUUCUUUACCUCAACGACUACCGACACAUUCCGUCGGGCAUCACGCAUCUUUUCCUUCUCACAAACGUCGUCGCCAUGAUCGCGUGUUCCGUGCUCGUCAUCAUCCGCAAGCACUCCGACUACGCCGUGUUUGGCCUCAUGGGUGUCGUCGUCACGCAGGCCCUCGGCUACGGUCUCAUUUUUGACCUCAACUUCUUCCUGCGCAACCUGUCGGUCAUUGGCGGCCUCCUCAUGGUCAUGUCGGACUCGUGGGUCCGCAAGUCCAAGGCGUUUGCCGGCAUUCCCGAGCUCGACGAGAAGGACCGCAAGAUGUACUUCCAGCUCGCCGGCCGCGUGCUUCUCAUCUUCCUGUUCGUCGGCUUCGUCUUCAGCGGCACCUGGACCUUUGGCCGCAUCAUUGUCUCCAUCAUCGGCGCCAUUGCGUCCGUCAUGGUCGUUGUCGGUUUCAAGGCCAAGUUCAGCGCCACGCUGCUCGUUGUCAUUCUCAGCGUGUUCAACCUCUUUGUGAACAACUUCUGGACGCUCCACGAGCACCACCCCCACAAGGAUUUCGCCAAGUACGACUUCUUCCAGAUUCUCUCCAUCGUCGGCGGUCUCCUCCUCCUCGUCAACAGCGGCCCCGGCCAGUUCAGCAUUGACGAGAAGAAGAAGGUGUACUAA